UCGACUUAAAGCACAGCGCGACCUGCAAUCAAAGUUCACAGGUCGGUUGGCCAAGGAUUUCGAUCGUUUGAGUCUCGCUCAGGCUAAGACUUGAAGACAAAGAACUGAGAAAGACUCGUUUCCAGUCGGGCUUGGAGCAGUUCGCUCAACAUAUGCACAUGCAGUCGAACUGCAUAUACGCAGAGAUGCAUGCAGUGGUUACGACUUUAUCAUCCUUGAAAUCCCCAAGCUUGCAGUCGAAAUCUGCGAUUAUUAUUAUCUUAUCGCCAGUGGCCUCUCUUCGCACUGCGUUUUUCUUCAGUACAGGUUUGCAUGCAGUGGUGAAUAUCUCGCUGCACUUGUCGGUUAACCGCGCGAAAGUUUCAAUCGUUUCAGUGUGAUAUUAGAAAAAUUAUAGUAUAAAGUGCGUUAAACUUGGAAGUACUGUUUUAAACUGUUGAAACCAAAUCUGUGACACCACGCUCAUUGCCUAAGCUCAAUGUAUACCUAAAUACCAUACAAAAUUUAUAGAUUAUUUUUGUAAGUUAAUUUCGGUUUAGCACUUCCCUGGCCCAUAGGGAAGUUAACACAGUGUAAAUUGUGAUCAUUGACAAUGGCGGAGAACGUGGAGAUAACGAUUCCCCUCGUACAGAGAGAGACGAAUCUGGUCUUCAAGAGCAUCUCCUACAGCAUCGGACAGCGAAAGAAAGAGAAGCAGCUGCUAAAGAACAUAUCCGGAAAAUUUCGCUCCGGUCGUCUCACCGCCAUUCUAGGACCAUCGGGUGCCGGUAAAACGACGCUGUUGAAUGUGCUCAGUGGCUUCAAAACCCAGGGUGUUAGUGGUAACAUUGUGAUCAACAAUGAAGUCAUCGAUCGACAUCGCUACCGUCAACUGGUCGCUUACACUGCUCAAGAUGUGGCCCUGCUACCCAACAUCACUCCUCGCGAAAACCUCCACUAUGCAGCGGAUUUGAAGCUUCCCAAGGAAAUCGGCGAACAAAAGAAGAUCACGACAGUCAACGAUGUGAUCGCGGUGCUAGGAUUGCAAAAGUGUGCCGAUACUCGAGCUCAGAUGCUUUCGGGAGGCGAGAAAAAGCGUCUCUCGAUCGGUAUGGAGCUUGUUUCUAAUCCGCAAAUCAUGUUCUUCGAUGAACCUACAAGCGGACUCGAUAGUGUAGCCUCCUAUCAAGUGAUAUCGUACAUGAAGGAUCUAGCUCAACAGGGCAGAUGUGUUGUGAGUGUCAUUCAUCAGCCUAGCUCCGAGCUGUUGGAGUUGUUCGACGAUGUCUAUGUUGUCGUUGAUGGACGAUGUCUGUACCAAGGAUCUUUGGAUAAUUUGAUAACGACAUUUGCGGAAGCGGGUUUCCAAUGUCCACCCUACUACAACCGCGCUGAUUUUGUGCUGAAAAUUGCAUCCAAAUAUGACCAGCAGAAUGUGGAGAUUGAAGAAAUGAUAACCGCAUCGGAGAAAUUGAUGUACACGGAAAUGGAUCACGGGAAGAGCCAAAUCGCUACAUCUAACGCGUUUCUGGCCGACGAUGGUCACUUUUCUCAGUAUCCCAUCAGCUGGUGGGACCAAUUCAGCAUUCUGACGCGUCGGACAACAUUGGGAACGAUCCGUAAUCCUGCACUGAUGAGAUUACGACUUUUCGGACACAUACUAAUUGGAUUUACCAUCGGAUUCGUGUUCAGUAACGUGGGAGACGACGCAUCAAAGGUGCUUUCAAAUAUUUCGUUGCUGCUAGCGUUCCUAAUGUUCAUCAUCUUUGCCAACGCAAUGACUGUGAUUCUUACUUUCCCACUGGAAAUGACCGUCUUCGUACGAGAACACAAAAGCAACUACUACUCCGUCUCUGCGUACUAUUUCUCAAAGCUCGUCGCUGAUUUCCCGUGGAUGAUGUCGGGAAUAACUGCGUUCCAGCUGAUAGUAUACUUCCUUAGCGGCCAACUGCUCGAAACCGAUCGUAUCAUCAUGUUCUGGGGGAUUUGUGCACUCUUUGGUUGGUUAUCUCAGGUUUACGGUCUGAUCGCUGGCUGCCUUUUCCCUAUCGAAGUCAGCCCAUUCAUAGUGCCUGCAUCGAUCAUUCCCGCGUUGCUGUUUUCCGGUUUCUUCGUUCGCUAUGACGAGCUGAUGGACUUCUUCAAACCACUCACUCUGAUCAGUUAUUGUCGAUAUGGAUUUGAAGGCUUGGUGCAGGCAACAUACGGUCACAAUCGGACGGAGCUCGGGUGCGCGGAGAUCUUCUGCUACUACCGGAAAACGAACAAGAUACUGGAUGAGUUGCACAUGGUACCGGACCGGUAUUGGACAGAUGUACUAGGGUUGUCUAUCUGGAUUGUGUUCCUGCAUGUGGUGCUGUACUUUAGUUUGCGGUAUAGAAUACGUUUAAACCGCUGAAUAAUACCGCGAAGUUGAUCAACAGACUAAAGCAAUUCUAAAUAUUAGUUGAUCAUCAUAGAUGAUAUGAAACGGUGCAACAUUUAUUACAAUGGAUGAAAACUUUGCAUAAUACAUACUAUGUGGUGUAAUCAAUGGGGCGCCAUGAAAUAAAAAGAGGGAAUGCAUCUUAUUGAGCAGUGCGGUGUCCGCCCAAUAAACCUACGUUAUGGGGAGAAAAUCGGAAAAGCGUUCCUUAUCCUCUUCGUCAUACGGGUGAUCAUUUAUGUGGUGUUUGUGGUAAGUUUGCGACGAAUAAAAUGAAGCCAUGUGUUGCGUUCUAACGAACAACGUGUUGGGAUGUUUGAAUUGCUUGUGGUCACCAGAUGAUGCAUCGAUAAAGAGAGCUGUGUUG